GCCAGCGCUGAUCUUUGUUGCUAACUGGCUUCCUCUUCCCCAGAGACGAGAAUGGUCAGAUUGCCAACAUCUGUGAGCCCUCCUCAGUGCUCCUGGGGCUGAGGCUUGGCCAGCAGCCAUGGGGCUAGACUGGCCCCAAGCCUGGCUGUUGGGCCUGCCCACAGCUGUGGUGUAUGGCUCCUUGGCCCUGUUCACUUCCAUCCUGCACAAUGUUUUCCUGCUGUACUACGUGGACACCUUUGUCUCGGUGUAUAAGAUCAACAAAAUGUCCUUCUGGAUUGGAGAGACUGUAUUUCUCCUCUGGAACAGCUUCAACGACCCCCUCUUCGGCUGGCUCAGUGACCGCCAGUUUCUCAGCUCCCAGUCCCGGUCAGGAGCUGGGCUCUCCUCCAGAGAUGUGGUGCUGACACGGGUGCGGGCUCUGAGCUGGCAUGGGCCGCUGCUGGCACUGUCCUUCCUGGCAUUCUGGGUGCCCUGGGCCCCAGCUGGCUUGCAGUUCUUACUGUGCCUGUGCCUUUAUGAUGGCUUCCUGACGCUUGUGGACCUCCACCAUCAUGCCUUGCUGGCUGACCUGGCCCUCUCAGCCCACGACCGCACCCACCUCAACUUUUACUGUUCCCUCUUCAGUGCAGCUGGCUCCAUGUCUGUCUUUGCCUCCUAUGCCUUUUGGAACAAGGAGGACUUCUCCUCCUUCCGUGCCUUCUGUGUGGUACUAGCUGCUGGCUCUGGGCUGGGCUUUCUGGGGGCCACACAAUUGUUGAGGCGGCGGAUUGAGGCAACCAGAAGGGACAAGGGGUGCCCAGCACUGGUCGUGGACGGUGGAGUAUGUGAAGAGGAGCUGCUGGUGGGUGGUGAGGAAGCAGGCAGCAUCACCUUGGGCCAGUACCUCCGGCAGCUGGCGCGACACCAAAACUUCCUGUGGUUUGUGGGCAUGGACCUGGUACAGGUGUUUCACUGCCACUUCAACAGUAACUUUUUCCCUCUCUUCCUGGAGCACUUGCUGUCCGAUCACAUCUCCCUCUCCACCGGCUCUUUCCUCCUGGGCAUCUCCUAUGUUGCUCCUCAUCUCAACAACCUGUACUUCCUGCCCCUGUGCCGGCGCUGGGGUGUCUAUGCAGUGGUACGGGGGCUCUUCCUGCUCAAGCUGGGCCUCAGCCUCCUCAUGCUAUUGGCUGGCCCAGACCGCCCUGGCCUGCUUUGCUUCUUCAUUGCCAGCAACCGUGUCUUCACCGAAGGCACCUGUAAGCUGCUGACACUGGUGGUCACUGACCUGGUGGAUGAAGACCUGGUGCUGAACCAUCGGAAGCAGGCAGCCUCAGCGCUUCUCUUCGGUAUGGUUGCCCUGGUGACCAAGCCUGGCCAGACCUUUGCCCCACUGCUGGGCACCUGGCUUCUCUGCUUCUACACAGGUCAUGACCUUUUUCAGCAGCCCCCGGUGACUACUGUGGGCAGUGUCCAGCCAUGGCCAGAGCCGCCAGCGCCAGCGCCAGCGCAGGCUCCCACACUCCGCCAGGGCUGCUUCUACCUGCUGGUGCUGGUGUCCAUCAGCUGCGCACUGCUGCAGCUCUUCACCUGGUCCCGGUUCACGCUGCACGGGCGACGCCUACGCGUGGUCAAGGCCCAGAGACAGAACCUGGCACAGAUCCAUACACUGGACAUUAAGACAGUGUGAGAAGUGUAGCAAAGCCACCCUGCUGAGGGCAGGGGCCUCUCUUGCUGGCCAGUGGCCAGGAUCCCACUUCUUCACCUUCUCCCGGUGCCGCCCAGAGAGCAGAUGGCAUGGGGGAGCUGCUGGGGCCGAACCAGGCGCCUCACUGAGGUCUGUCCUUCUUUAGCUGUCUGACUCAGCUUGGGCAAGGGCUGGAACAUAUGUGCUCAGGGACUGUGACUCCGUGGGGCAAGGAAGGAAGGAGGACCAGAAAGGGUAGGGCUGGUGAGGUGCACAAGGAGCUGCUGGGGUCCUGUAGCUGGGGCUUGCCACUUGGGUUUGGGAAGUUCUGACACUGUGACUCCUUUUGCCCAAAGGAGGUAAAGCUGACAGAAAGUGCCACUUGCUCCCCCGCCCCCCCAGAAGUUUCUCUCAGGCAUCUCUGCUUCAGCUUGAAGUGGUGUGCCCUCCAGGCUGUAGGCCCAGCAGGCCUGGAAACGCUAAAGAGGCUCAUCUCAUUGCAGAACAAGUAAAGACAGUCAUUCUUAUUCCUUGGGUCUGUGUCGU